CAGACAUUUCCACUGAAAACAGAAGCUGCGCGUUCUUCUACUUGGUAUUUUUGUUUAAUUUUAUUUUAUAUUUUCUUGAAGAAAACAAUAAAAUAUUUUGAUCAUAGAUUCUAAAUAGAUUUUGUUGUAAUGGAAAACUUACUAAGGAAACUUAUCCACUUUAGAAAAAAAAAUGUUCUAUUCAGAAAUUUCAGAGCUGGAUUGAAUUAAAGAUAUGCUUUUGCAGCUAGAAAAAAAAAAUAAAAAAAGAGAUUUUAUUUUAUUUUUUUGCAAGAUGCUAAUGGAAUAAUUUACAUCAAUGCUAUUUUUUACUUAAGAACUUCUGGAGCUGAAACAAGUAUUGUUUAUAGGACAAAGAAAAAAAAGUUUGGGGAUUAAAAAAAAGAGAAAUUACAAGGAAAUUUGAAAAGAAGGAGGCUGGUACAGUGAAGAAGAGGUGUUUGCAUGGAAUAAAAGAGAAGAAGUUUUGAUAAGUGGAUUACAAGAGCUACAGACGCGUUUCACUUAAGAAACUCUUCAACAGAAACGUUUAAACAGCCUCAUAGAUAGGAAAAAAAAUGUUUUCAAGAAACAAAAUUCCCCUCGUCUUGUCCUUAUUUCUACAAAUUUUGAGUUGUGUGGAAUCACAGGUCAAUCCAGCUGUGUGCCGGUACCCUUUGGGGAUGACAGGAGGGCAGAUCCCAGAUGAAGAUAUUACUGCAUCAAGUCAGUGGUCAGAAUCCACAGCAGCCAAAUAUGGAAGGCUGGAUUCAGAAGGAGGGGAUGGUGCAUGGUGUCCAGAAAUUCCAGUAGACCCAGAAGAACUAACAGAGUUCCUACAAAUUGACCUACGUGUUCUACACUUCAUAACAUUGGUAGGCACCCAAGGUCGUCAUGCUGGAGGGCACGGCAACGAAUUUGCCCAGAUGUUUAAAAUCAAUUACAGUCGAGAUGGUACUCGUUGGAUCUCCUGGAAAAAUCGACAUGGGGGACAGGUCCUUGAUGGGAACGUCAAUCCGUAUGACAUUGUUUUAAAAGACCUGGAACCACCAAUAGUAGCCAGAUUUCUACGCUUUAUCCCAGUGACCGAUCACUACAUGAAUGUUUGUCUUAGGGUGGAGUUGUAUGGCUGUGUCUGGUUAGAUGGAUUGGUCUCUUACAAUGGUCCAUCAGGUCAGCAAUUUACCUUGCCCGAAGGGCAGUUCAUUUACUUGAAUGAUACCAUCUAUGAUGGGGCAGUUGGCUAUAGUAUGACAGAAGGUCUUGGUCAGUUAACGGACGGUGUCUCUGGGUUGGACGACUUCACAUUGACCCAUGAGUACCAUAUGUGGCCGGGUUAUGAUUACGUAGGAUGGAGUAACGAAAGCUUCCCAAAUGGCUACGUUGAAAUCAUGUUUGAAUUUGACCGGAUAAGAAAUUUCACCACCAUGAAGGUUCACUGCAACAACAUGUUUGCAAAGGGAGUAAAGAUCUUUAAGGAGGUUCAGUGUUUCUUCCGUUCUGAGGCCAACGAGUGGGAAGCAAACUCAGUCUCCUCCAUUUUGAUUUUGGAUGAUGUCAACCCCAGUGCUCGCUUUGUAACUGUGCAACUUCACAAUCGAAUGGCACGCGCCAUCAAGUGCCAGUAUUACUUUGCUGAUACGUGGAUGAUGUUUAGUGAGAUCACCUUUCAGUCUGAUGCUGCUAUGUACAACAAUUCAAUGAGUCCUCCACAGUCAGCUAGUGUCCCAACCACAUAUGAUCCCACUCUUAAGGUAGAUGACAGUAAUACACGUAUACUGAUUGGCUGUUUAGUUGCCAUCAUUUUCAUUCUUGUGGCAAUCAUUGUUAUAAUACUUUGGAGACAAUUUUGGCAGAAGAUGCUUGAGAAGGCAUCACGGAGGAUGUUAGAUGAGGAGCUGACGGUAAGCCUCUCCCUUCCCAGCGACUCGAGCAUGUACAACACCAACCGACGGCAUGAUUCUGUCUCAGCUAGCGAGCAAGAAUCUAAUUCCACAUAUGAAAGAAUAUUUCCCCUAGGUCCAGAUUACCAGGAGCCUACACGACUCAUAAGAAAACUUCCUGAAUUCACAACUCAAGCAGUAGGAGAAGAAGAAGCUGGUGGAAGUUCUGCUGGAAAAUCAGCUUUGCCUACUGGUGCUGAUGGAGUUCCACAUUAUGCUGAGGCAGAUAUAGUGAAUUUACAGGGUGUGACGGGUGGUAACACAUACUCUGUCCCUGCCAUCACCAUGGAUCUUCUGUCUGGUAAAGAGGUAGCAGUAGAAGAAUUUCCCAUGAAGUACCUCAACUUCAAAGAAAAACUUGGAGAAGGACAGUUUGGAGAGGUACAUCUUUGUGAGGCAGAAAAAAUGGAAGAUUUCUUGGACAAAGAUGUGAUUUUGGAGACCACUGGAGGUCAGCCAACCUUAGUGGCUGUGAAAAUGCUACGGGCAGAUGCCAAUAAAAAUGCCAGAAAUGAUUUUCUUAAAGAAAUUAAAAUAAUGUCCAGAUUAAAGGAUCCCAAUAUUAUCCGACUCUUGGCCGUGUGUAUUGCAGAAGAUCCACUGUGCAUGAUAACAGAAUAUAUGGAGAAUGGAGACCUUAAUCAGUUUCUUUCUCGACACCAUCCAGAAGGAACAAGUAGCACACCCACCAUCAGAUACUCAGACCUUAGACACAUGGCUAUGCAGAUUGCUUCUGGGAUGAAGUAUCUCUCCUCUCUGAAUUUUGUACACCGAGACCUUGCAACAAGGAAUUGUUUGGUGGGCAGAAAUUAUACCAUUAAAAUAGCAGACUUUGGCAUGAGCCGUAACCUGUAUAGUGGUGAUUAUUAUCGAAUUCAGGGGAGGGCUGUGCUACCCAUCCGUUGGAUGUCUUGGGAAAGCAUCCUAUUGGGAAAAUUCACAACAGCCAGUGAUGUCUGGGCUUUUGCAGUUACUCUUUGGGAGACGUUUACUUUCUGUCGAGAGCAGCCUUACAGUGAGAUGUCAGAUGAGCAAGUCAUCGAAAACACAGGAGAAUUCUUCAGAGAUCAAGGGAAACAGGUUUACCUCCCUCAGCCAGGCAUCUGCCCAGACAAGGUCUAUAAAAUUAUGCUGAGCUGUUGGAGACGAGAAACCAAAGAUCGCCCCAACUUCCAUGAAAUCUACCAACGCCUGCAGUCGGAUCACACUUUAGAGGAACAGUCUUAAAUGAGAUGGCCAAAAAGUCAACUCAUAUAAGUCUAAAUGAACUUGUCAAAAAUAUCCAAUUUAUCUUCAAGCUAGCAGACCACCAAACCAAGAAUGACUUUUGGGAAUCUUUUCCAUUAUGUUUUCUGUAUUUUAAUCUGUUUUUCACUAAGUGUUUCAGUUGUGCCUCAAGUCAACAGAAAUCUCCACUGAGCAAAUGUAUAUUGGGGUACUACAUCUAUUUUCUUCACAACAGUGUUAUCUGUAUAUCUUUCUUAGCUAACCACCAAAUACUUCACAAUACAACAUGUAUUUAGUAGGGGUAUGCAUUCAUACUAUUUGUUAUAAAAUGAAUGCUGAAUAUGGCCGUCGCCAGUGGCAUUCAACUAUUUUCUUUUUGCGAAACUGCAACACCCUAAGGUAUGUGCAAAUUCAGAUCUUCACAAGAACAAAUCUGGCUCCAAAAAUAGCUGAAUGUUGCUGGCGGCAGUCAUAUUUGGCAUUCAUUUUAUAACAAAUAGUACAAAUGCACAUCUCUAGUAUUUAGGGAGGAUAAUCUAAUACUCAUAAAGCCAUAAAUCUACUCUACAAGAAUAAAGUUUUUGAAGGACUAUAUAAAAUAUUUUUCAUGUUGCUUUUUUCACCUUCCUUUAGUGCAAAAUGCUUAGACUAUAUUGCCAAUAAAUAAUGGAUUAGGAAUUAGAUCUGUCUUCCUCAAGGUUAAAGAAAAUAGUUAUGAUAAAGUCUAAAGGGCCGAUUUAACAAGGGCCGAAUAGCCCCUGAUCCCCCUGUUUCCGCGUGAGCCUUCAGGCUCGCCGGAAACAGCAGUUAAGAAGCAGCGUUCUUAAAAUCGCUGUUCCUUAACUCAUCCGCCACAACAGCAAUCAUCCCGAUCAUAUACGAUCAGAAUGAUUGACACCCCCUGCUAGCGGCCAUCGCAGGGGGUGGCAAUGCACAAGCAGUUCACCAGAACUGCUUUUGCAAUGUUAAAUGCCAACAGCGUAUGCUGUCGGCAUUCAGCGAUGUCAGGAGGACAUGUCCGGUACAGCGAAUAAUGUCCGUCCGACUGUUGAUAAAUCGGCCCCUAAAAGUCAUUGAGGGCAUCUCACAAGUUCACAAGCAGGUGAAGCUUAAUUCACAGAUGCACAUAAAAAAAAUAUGUAGAGCAGUGAGCGACAAAUAGUUUCUCCCAAAUAGCUGGAUAUAAUCUGACCAUUUGACAAACCAAAUAAUUCAAAUUGACAAUGUGUUUUGGAGAUAAUUGGAAAUGAGGAAAGGUACGCUAAAUGUGCUAAGAAAAAAAAGAUUUAAAAGAAUAUGAAAUAUAAAAUGUGUGUGAUUCAGACAGAAGGGCCGAAUUAUCAAAGUGUGAGCGGACAUCGAUAAAUGCAGACAGCAUACGCUAUUGGCAUUUAUCAUUGCACAAGCAUUCCUUGUGAAAUGCUUGUCCAAUGUCGCCCCCUGUACAUUCGCAGCCAAUCGGCCGCUAGCAGGGGGUUUCAAUCAACCCGAUCGGGCUGAUUGCUGUCCGCCGCCUUAGAGGUGCAUUCGGGAGUUGAUAAAUUGGCCCCAGAGCAUACUAUUUAAAAAAAAAAAGUUUCCAAUUUACUUCUAUUAUCAAAUUUGCUUUGCUCCCAUAUUACUCUCCAUGAAGAACAAAGACAAUUUGAUAAUAGAUUAAAUUAAAAAGUUGCUUAAAAUUGUAUGUUCUGACUCAAUCAUGAAAGAAAGAUUUUAGGUUUCAUAUCCCUUAAAGAAUGUGGGUUAUUAGGGUAAAAUGAGUUAUGGAACUAAGAGGGCCGCCACAUUAGAAACUAGAAUCACCGGAAUAUUGCUCUUCACAACAGAGCAAUGUUCUACUAUCAAAUAAGAGAUACUUAGAUAGGUGACGAGCACUUCAUUCCACAAAAUAGUGCUGCCAUCUACUGCUCUUGCAAAUAACAUUCCUGCAAAGCUGCCUUCAUAUAGUGCUUGAGACACAUGGACCCUCCUGAGCUCAAGUUCCUGCUUUUCAACAAAAGAUACCAAGAGAAUUAAAACAAUUUGAUAAUAGGAGUAAAUUAUAAAGUUGUUUAAAAUUGCAUGCUCUAUCUGAAUCAUGAAAGAAAAAAAAUGUAGGUUUUAUGUCCAUUUAAAGGGACACUCAAUCAAAAUUAAACUUUCAUGAUUCAAAUAGAGCAUGACAUUUUAAACAACUUUCCAAUUUACUUCCAUUAACAAAAUGUGCACAGUCUUUUUAUAUUUAAACUUUUUAAAUCAUUAACUCCUACUGAGCAUGUGCAAGAAUAAGUGUGUAUGCAUUUGUGAAUGGCUGAUGGCUGUCACAUGGUACGUGUAUGCAUUUGUGAUUGGCUAAUUGCUGUCACAUGGUACAGGGGGAGUGGAAAAAGACAUAACUUUUAAAAUUGUCAGAAAAAAAAUCUACUACUCAUUUGAAGUUCAGACUAAGUGCUAUUGCAUUGUCUUGUUAUCUGGCAAUUGUUGAUUAUGCAAAUCUACUGCGUUGACUGGUCCUUUAAGAAUGUGGGUUAUAAGAGUAAAAUGAGUUAUGGAACUAAAAGGACCGCCUUAUUAGAAACCAGCAUCUGCUCUUCACAUCUGUAAAGUUGCUAUUUCCAACACUUGAAAAUGUUGAAGAGUGGCAUGAGCAAGUCAUCAUAAAUUUAAAAAGUAAACAUACACAUGGUGAAUAGCAUAUGAUAUGAAUGCUUUUUUAUAUAAAAUUAAUAAGAGAUCUUAACCAGCCCUGAAAUGCAAAUGGGGUCUCUUGUCUUAUUUCUGGAGUAUUGCAGGAUAAAUGUAAUUGUCAAAGAGAUUAACAUUCACCUUUGAUCUUUUUUGACCCCCAGAAAAAAAAUAUUUAAAUCUAAUGUGUGCAGUGAAAAAUACCAAAAAAAAAGCAAUUGUGAAGAUAUUUUUUAGAUCAUGGAAUGAGAAUGUGUUUUUAAAUGUACAAAUGAGAUUUUUUUUUUAGCGAAGGGACACAAAGAAAGACUCUAUGAGAUAUUAUUCUUCCCCACAGAUUUAAAGAAAUCCUACACAGGUUCAGUAAAAAAUAGAGAGGAGCUUCUAAUAGUGGCAAGACUUUUUUUUCUUCUUUUCAUAAACAAGUGUUGUGCAAUGGCUAUAAUUUCUAGACAAAGCUUGAUCAUACUGUCUGAGAUCUGAAAUAUUUACUAGACUCUGAAAAUCUACAUAAACAAAUUAAUAUACAUAGGUAAAAGUUUAUUAAAUCUGUAUUCUGAAUACAUUUUGGAAACCUUUUUGCUUUUUUUUGGCAGCUUCCUUAGAUUGUCUACCCUUGCACAAAUGCUGUUCACAUACAUUAUGUCUGAGUAUGAUAUCUGGGAAAUUCAGAUUCCACCACUGUUAAAUAAGACACAUACUUCUAGUUUUUAGUCCAGGGGUGCCCAGCCUUUUCAUAUGAGGAGCCACAUUCAACUUAUUUUAUACUUGUAGGGCCAGGGUGCAAGUGUAAAAACUUUUAUGAAUAAAUCAAACAAAUAUUCUACUUAAAGUGUCAUUAUAAUGAAAAAAAUACAUGCUCUCAUUUGUUAGACUCAAAUGGGGUAUAUUUACCAAUGUGCGAGGGGACAUGAUACAAAGUAGCGUAUCAUGUCCGCUGCACAUCGUGGCACAUCUAUAAAUGCAGACAGCAUAUGCUGUCUGCAUUUAUCAUUGCACCAGCAGUUCUUGUGAACUGCUGGUGCAAUGCCACCCCCUGCACAUUCGCGGCCGGCUAGCAGAGAGUGUCAAUCAACCCGAUUGUAUUCGAUCGGGUAGAUUUCUGCUCGCCGCCUCAGAGCAGGCGGACAUGUUAUGGAGCAGCGGUCUUUAGACCGCUGCUUCAUAAGUUCUGUUUCCGGUGAGCCUUACAGAGCUUGAUAAAUAUGCCCCUAUGUGUUUAAUCCAGAGUUAAACACAUAAAGUACCACUCUGAAGCACUAGAGAACUGCUGGUUCCCAACAAAAACUGCCACUGAUCCAAUCAGCAGUGCUAGACCCCCUAUUGGCCGUCUGACUACCACUGCUGAUUGGAUCAGUGGAAGUUUUCAGCGUCGGACUAUCAGUUUUCUACAGAUCCCGAAUGGUACUUUACCUAUGCAUUUCACCCCUUUGUGGGGGUUAAACACAUAGAUUUGAGAGAUUAACGUUUGAGAGCAUGUCAUUUUUUUUUCUAUAAUGGCCCUUUAAUAAACUAAUUAUGAGUGCUGCAAAUCUAUUUAUACCCUCAGGUCCAUAAAUAUAUGCACGAGAUUCAAGAAGAGGGUACAGGGAUUUAUUUUGUGUUUUGUAAAUGGAACAGGUUACGGAAUUGGAGUCUAAACAGAAAGCAAUGUGGCCCCUAGCCAUUAGGUUGGGUAACCCUAUUUUAGUCAUAGUCAACAUAAAUCUGUAGUUCGCAGACAAAAAAUCAGAGGUCAGUAUCAUGGAGAGUGUUUAUUAAUGUAUAUAUAAUGAAUGUGUUAAAAAGAGCCCUCUGAUUGGCUACUUUGUAUAUAUUAUUGUGUAUAUUUAUAUCAUUUUUUACAUUGGUGUUUUGUAUAGGUUUGCAUUAGCAUUAGUAUGGCAUACAUAAUGCAUGGUAAUGCAGCACACAUGUCCCUAUGUAUAUUUAUGCUGUUAAAUUUGCUUAAUUGCAUACUGUUUGGUCAGCUAGGUUUACUCUAUGUAGUAGCAUGCUUUAUAUUUUGGAAUUUAUGUGUUUAAUCAACUCCAAAAUUAUGUUAACAUUUCAUCUGUGAAAAUUAAAAAAUCUGGCUUCUUUCUUGGA